UAAACCUUUAUAUACACACAUUCACAGACACAAAUUUAACAUCUUUGCUCAAGAAAAAUGCGGUUUAACAAGAUACUACAACUUGUUCUUGUUUUGCAACUAGAAACACUUGUCGUCUUGUCUCAAAACAUCAUAAACGGUUCUGUUCCUGUCGGAGAAUCUCUUACCACUUCAGAGUCCAGUUCAUGGCGUUCCCCUUCCGGUGACUUUGCUUUAGGGUUCCGCAAGAUCACACCAAACGAUGGUUUCACUCUAUCCAUUUGGUUCGACAAGAUUUCUAAUAAGACCAUCGUAUGGCACGCACAAGCCGUCAACACAACCACUGGUCUUGUCCCAAAUGGUUCCAAGGUUACAUUAACCAAAGAUGAGGGUCUGGUUAUCACUGACCCUGGAGGUCAGGAGCUGUGGAGAUCAUUGAGUGGUGGCUCUGUUUCUCGAGGGCGCAUGACUGACGAAGGAAACUUCGUUCUGUUUAGGGAUGCGGACGAGGUUAUGUGGUCGAGCUUCGAGAACCCCACCGACACUUUGUUACCUAAUCAGAAUAUAGAAGUUGGACAAAAUCUGUCAUCUCGUAGGACGGAGACGAGCUUCAAGAAAGGAAGAUUCAGCUUGCGCCUAGGUGAUGAUGGAAAUCUUCAGCUUCUCACUCUCAAUGCUGAGACUGUCUCAGAAUCCGACAUAUACUCAACGUACUACGAAAGCGACACGAACGAUCCAAACAGCCCCGGUGUUCGAUUAAUCUACAACCAGUCAGGGUACAUGUAUGUACUUCAAAGAAACAAUUCACAGUUCGUUGUCAAGAAGAAAGAUGAGGAACUUCUAAAGACGUCUAUCGCCGCGCCGUUCUACAUUUCGAUGGGGUUUUUGCUGAGUACUAUCAUCCCAAAGGAGGCCAAGAGAAUAGUGGGUGGGUGUUUGAUUGGGCUGUCAGAUAAUAUAUGCGGGAACUCUGACUCACUUGGGAAUACGGCUUGUGGGUAUAAUAAUAUAUGCAGUUUAAGUAACAACCAAAGGCCAAGAUGUGAAUGCCCUAAGAGGUUUGUGUUGAAGGAUCCAAGCAAUGAGUAUGGUGAUUGCGUGCCAGAUUUCGAGAUGGAGACUUGUGGAUCGAAAGAUAACCAAACCGUAAACUCAGAUGUGAAUCUUUACGAGUUUAUUACCUUAAAGAAGACGAAUUGGCCAUUUGGAGAUUACGAGAGUUAUGCCAACUAUGAUGAAGAAAGAUGUAAAGCUUCUUGUCUUAACGACUGUUUUUGCGCUGCGGUUGUUUUUGGAAACAAUCGGGAUCUAAGAUGUUGGAAGAAGAAGUUUCCGUUGUCUCACGGUGAAAGAAAUCCGCUUGGUGAUAGCGAUACAUUCAUUAAGGUUCUGAACCGCACUAUCGCGGAUGGUCGACUAAUUACCGAAAAGAGUUCGAAAAAUCGUGGCUGGUUAAUCAUUACUUGUUCGGUUCUACUUGGAACUUCAGCUUUCUUGAAUUUCAUAUUUCUUGCUAUGUACAAAAAGAAGAAGAAGAAGACGUCGAAGAAAAAUCAAUCAAGAGAUAUUAGUGUGGCUACAGCUACUGCGAAUGAGUUGAAUUUGAGGGUUUUUACUUACGGAGAGCUCGUGGAAGCUACAAGAGAUUUCAAGGAAGAGCUUGGAAGAGGAGCCUUUGGGAUUGUUUACAAAGGAAUUUUAAAAGUUAGUCGUGGUUCUGAAGUUACCGUGGCUGUCAAGAAACUUGAUCGUCUUGCUCCUGAUAAUGAGAAAGAGUUCAAUAAUGAGGUUAAAGUGAUUGCUCAGAUUCACCACAAGAACCUAGUGAGGCUUAUUGGCUUCUGUAACGAUGGACAAAGCCGGAUGAUCGUUUACGAGUUCUUACCGCAUGGAACAUUAGCCAGUUUUCUUUUCAGGCGCCCGAGACCAAGAUGGGAAGAUAGAAGGAGAAUUGCGGUGGACAUUGCCCGUGGGAUCUUGUAUCUACACGAAGAGUGCAGCGAGCAGAUAAUACAUUGCGACAUAAAACCGCAAAACAUACUUCUAGAUGAGAAUUACUGUCCUCGGAUAUCUGAUUUUGGUCUAGCAAAGCUUUUGAUGUUGAACCAAACGCAUACGCUGACGAACAUCCGCGGAACGAAAGGUUAUGUCGCAAUUGAAUGGUUCAAGAACGGUCCAAUUACAUCCAAAGUAGAUGUAUAUAGCUACGGUGUAAUGCUUCUAGAAAUCGUGUGCUGCAAGAAAGCCGUCGAUCUUGAGGAUGGCGUCAUUCUCAUUGAUUGGGCUUACGAUUGCUUUCGACAUGGAAAGUUGAAAGAUCUAAUCGAGGAUGACUCAGAGGCGAUGGACGACAUGGAGAUGGUAGAAAGAUAUGUGAGGACAGCGAUAUGGUGUAUACAAGAAGAGUCAGGGAUGAGACCUAACAUGAGAACUGUUACACAGAUGCUCGAAGGUGUGACUCAAGUUCAUGAUCCUCCAAAUCCAUCUCCUUUCUGUAGCAUUUUCACUUGUACUGAUGAGUCUAUGUCUAGUGGUCAUGUGUCACUUGUUUGAUACUUUUGUAUCGUAUAAUAUGUUUUAAUAAGUUGAUACUU